AUUUGACACUUACUUGACUGACUUGGUCAAUUGAACUUAACCUUAAAAUUCCCACUUAACCUCUCCCACUGAACCAAAAAAUGAGUUUCGACGGUUAUAAAACAACUAUAGAAGAAGGAGACACCGUAAUUUUGUACCUGACCAUAAACCAAGUUUACAGUGUUCGUGCCGAGGCAAAAACCACAAGCAAAAAGGGCGUAGAAGUGGACAACGUGUUUCAAACCCCCUACGGAGCCCUAAAAUGCGCGGAACUAAUAGGAAAAUCGUACGGUUCGAAAAUAUCACUUAGUAAAGGUUGGGGCUAUGUGAUGCAACCAACGCCCGAAUUAUGGACCCUCACUCUCCCCCAUCGGACCCAAAUCAUCUACACCCCAGACAUCAGCAUGAUCCUCCUCCAGCUCGAAAUAAAACCAGGAAGUAUCGUCGUAGAGAGUGGCACCGGUAGCGGCUCCCUGUCUCACGCUUUAAUCAGAUCCGUGAAACCCACCGGUCACCUUUAUACGUUUGAUUUUCACGAAAAUCGAGUGAAAUUAGCUGACAUCGAGUUCAGUCAGCACGGUUUGAGUGACUACGUUACGGUGGCACAACGCGAUGUUUGUGACUGCGGUUUCGGGGCGGAGUUGCAAAAUCGGGCAGAUUCGGUCUUUUUGGAUUUACCACACCCGUGGCAAGCGAUACCGCAUACGUUGGAUGUGAUAAAGGAAUCAGGGGGGAGAAUUUGUUCGUUUUCGCCGUGUAUCGAGCAGGUGCAGAAGAGUUGUGGGGUUUUGUCGAAAUUAGGGUUUCAGGAGAUUCAGACUAUGGAGGUUCUUCAGACUUCGUAUGCGGUGCAAACGAAAAGGCUGCCAGUGCUUGAUUUGGACUUUCUUCAGAGCGAGAAAGAUGGUAGUGAGAGUAAGGGGAAGGAAAGAGAGGUUGUUAAGUGCCUCACGGCAGUGCCUCCUGCGAAUAUGCCGGGGCAUACUGGGUAUUUGACUUUUGCGACGUUGCCCCCAGUGUGGGCUAGGAAUCUUCAGAUUAGUUUAAAUCAACAGGAAAGUAGUGGUGAAUUGCUGUGAAUAAAUAAAUUGUUGGACAAAGUUUGUUUAAUCUGAAUAAAUGUAAUUUUUAUACA